AAUGAACAGAGACUGUGUUACUGUUUGACAAGCACUCAAAUCUCUUACAGGACCAUGAGGAGACAGACGUCAGGAGUCAGAGAAGAUCAUCAGCUGAAGACAGAUGAAAGAGACGGAGGAGGAAACAGAAAAACAUGUCACUCGCUGAUACCAGAGUGAUUGCUGCCCACAAUCCUCAUCGCAGAAGACGGAGCAAAGACCUGCCUCUUUACAUGAGGAUUGUUCUUCUGGGUUCGAGCGUGUCAGAAAACAGUCAGGUGGGGAACUUCAUCUUAGGACGAGCAGCGUUUGACAGUGAAGCUCCUCCAGAUGUUGUAGAGAGAGUCGGAGGAAGACUGAAGGACAGACACCUGAUCAUCAUCAACAGUCCUCAGCUGCUCCAGAGGAACAUCUCAGAUCAUCAGAUCACACACACAGUGAGAGAGUGUGUGUUUCUGUCUGAUCCAGGACCUCAUGUGAUCGUGCUGCUCCUCAGACAUGAGCCGUGUUCAGCAGAAGAUCAGGAGCGUGUGGAGAAGGUGCUGCACUCUUUCUCUGAGCAGGUUUAUCAACACACCAUGGUGCUCAGCUCACAAGAGCCCACAGAAACCAGUGACAUCCUACAGAACAUCAUUCAGAAAUGUGCAAACAGACACUUCAGUCUUCAGAGGAGCAGCUCUCCUGAUGAUCUCCUGCAGAUGUUUGAGGAGAUUGUGAAAAUGAAUGAUCACCUGGAGUGUGCUGAAGCUGCACAGUGUUUCACAGUGAAACAACAGAUCACAGAGAGACUUUCAGAGGCUGUGAAGCUGAAUCUGGUCGUGUGCGGCAGUGACGGGAUGUUAAAAUCCUCUGUAUCAGAGCAGAUCCUGCAGCAGACAGACAGAAGAUCAGACGUGGAGCUUCAUGAUCGUCUGAUCAGUCUGGUGGAGCUUCCAGCUCCGGCUCGUCUCUCAGAGGAGGAAGUGAUGCGUCAGACUCUCAGCUGUGUGUCUCUCUGUCAUCCUGGAGUUCAUGCUUUCCUCCUCAUUAUUCCUGAUGCUCCACUCAAUCAUGAAGACAAAGCAGAAACAGAGAAGAUCCAGAGGAUCUUCAGCUCCAGAAUCAACAAACACAUCAUGAUCCUCAUAAAGCAGGACUCAGAAGAACUCAGUGAAGAAACACAGUCUGUCAUCGAGAGGUUCGGAGGACGACAUUAGUUCUUUGGUCCAAAAACACAAGUGUCCACAUUGAUGGAGAACAUCGAGCAGAUACUGGAAGGAAACAGAGGAGAGUUUUACUCCACAGAGACAUUUCUGGAGGCUCAGAUGAAAACACUGAUGAAAUAUGAUGAGAUAAAGAAGAAAAUCAACUCAAUAGACACAUAUUUACUGUCACAAGGUAAUGAGCAGAAAAUCAGUCUGAGCAUGAA